UCCCUUACCCAUAGAGAGAGCUUCAACAAGAAAAAUUGAAUGGUAUUAGUAGGCUAUUUAUAAGGUUUAAGGGCAUAUAUUUAGCUGUUAUCAAUACACGAAUACGAUAGAUUGAACAAAUCUCUCCCCCCCUCAAAUCUUUACCUCUCUGUCUAAAUUAUGUCUACUACCCAUAACCAAACUUCUACUAGAGUCUUAUCAUUGCACAGUGACACCCAAAACGGCCACAAUACGCCUUCUUACCCUCCAGCUGAGGCCAAGUAUGAGGAGGUUGCUCAAAGCUCGGACCUUUUCUGGGAAAAGCUCAAGGCUUUUCACAAAGCUUUGGGAACCAAAUUCAUUGUUCCUACAGUAGGAGGCAAAGCUUUAGAUCUGCACCAUCUUUUUGUGGAGGUUACAUCUCGUGGUGGCAUUGAAAAGGUGGUUAGAGAUCGCAAAUGGAAGGAAGUGAUUGUGCUAUUUCAAUUCCCAUCCACAAUAACCAGUGCUUCAUUUGUCUUGCGGAAGUAUUAUCUUUCUCUGCUGUAUAACUUUGAGCAAGUGUACUUUUUCCAGAAACAAGUUCCAUCAGAUACCACAAACCAGAGCCUUGUCUAUGUAUCUGGACCUGCAACCAUAGAGGAAGAAGGUGCAACAAAGAGCCAUUUACCUGAUCAGGGAAAUCAGACAUUGCAGAUUGGCAGCUCAGUGGCUGGAAUAAUCGAUGGAAAAUUUGAUAACGGAUAUCUUGUAACAGUUGACUUGGGUUCUAUUAAGCUUAGAGGAGUCCUGUAUCAUUUUCCUUCAGCAGCAUCUCAUGUGUCUGGGAGUUCUUAUACUUCAGCUGCAUCUUCUCGCCGUCGCAGGAAGAGAUCCUGGCUGGCUUUACGGGAUCCUUCUCACCCCAAGUCAAACAGGAGUGGCUAUAAUUUCUUCUUUGCUGAGCACUAUGCGAGGCUAAAGCCUAUGCACCAUGGGCAGGAGAGAGUCAUCAGCAAGAAAAUUGGUGUCUUAUGGAACAAUCUCACAGAUGCUGAAAAACAGGCAUACAAAAACAUCCCUAUGCUUCGUUUAACUUCUAGCAUUGCUGGUUUAUCAGGAGAAAGGGUUGAAGGACAAGGAGAGAUAUAGGAAUGAAAUGCUGGAAUACAAAUCUUCUCAUGAUUCUUCAACACUACUACACCACUAGCUGUUUAGCUGCUUGUCUUUACAGAACUUUCUGGAGAAUCCAAUGUGCACAAUCGCUAGAAUAGAAUAUUUUAGGAGAUCAAAGUGCCAUAACAAAUUUUAUUUUUUUUAGGUUGAAUGUUAGUUGCCCAUUUGUGA